AUGACCCUGUUACUUCCGGCUGCGCCUGGGAUACUGAUGUUAACAAUGUUCCUCAGGUGCUGUAAAUGGGCCACCGGCAUGGUUCACUGGUGUCGUUCUGCAACUGUUAGAAAUGACCAACACCUGAGACCCGACAGCACCCGCAUGAGCCAUGGACGGAGGCUGAUUACACUUCUCGCCUGGGGAGCAAGAAGGUUUCGUUUGACCCCGAUCUACAUUAAUAUCAGACACAUCAACAGUUGCAGCCUUGAAGCUAGAGGAAAGAAUCUGAGCACAUGCUCGCCUCUGGUGGGUCCUCCCUGCGUGGGAGCUGGACUGGUCGUCCUGUCCUGCAAAUAG